CGAAAUGUUGUUCUGUGAAAAUAGGAAACUGAUUUUUGUUCAGAUAUUUCUAGUGUUCUUUGUAUUGCAGAAGUUCGGCACCACAACUGAAACUGUGGAACCUACAACAAAAGCUUUUGUGGCCAAAAAGAUUUUUAAACUGUUGAAUAAAUUGGAGAAUAGCAGGGAUCUCGACUCGAACACUAAAUUCACCGCAAUUUUAGCGGAAUUUUUGAUCAAACAAAAAGUGCGUUUUUAUGAGGCCACACGUUUCGAGGAGCAAAUUUAUUUCAAAAUUUUGCAAAAACUCAAUGGUAUAAUAAAGAAAACGGAUGACAGCGAUUAUUCCAAUGUUUAUAGACGCAUUUUAGAUAAUAUAUUUCAAAAGGAUAUCUUGCUCAUACCUCCGACACUUAAAGAGCGGCAUAUUGAUGUGCAUAUGGAAUAUGACUCCCUGCUUCCGAGUUAUGAAGAAUUGGUGGAUACUGGAGUCCCAAAUGCAACAUUAUCUGGUAUAAAUGGUAAGAUUAAAAGGCCAACAUCUCUGCACCACUUUAGCAGACUGACUGUUGUUCAGAAGGUUUACCAUCUGUUUAUUGAAAUAUCUGUUAAACCUUUCUAA